CGCAUGCGCACACAGAUCGCGCGAGCCUUGAACUUUCUAAGGGAAAAAAAAACUUUCUCGCCGACGGUGCCAGUGGAUAACAGUCUUCAGUACCUGCUGGUCUUUAAAGGAUUCUGGAUUUCUGGACUGUUGGAAAAGAUCAUGGCUCAGCAGUGGACUGUUGGAGAAGUAUCUCUUUGGCUUGGGGAAAAUGAAUUGGGAGAUUAUCAACAGGUCUUUGUAGGUGAGCAUUUCUAUGGAUGUGCCAUAUCAGUGUCCACAGUGCUCCACAAGAAAACCAACAUAUGAAAAACUGCUGAAACAUCAACAGAUAUACCAUGAAAGUGAAUGUGGAUUCUUCAUUGUCUGCGGACUAGAAGACUGUCCCAGAAAGUUUUUGUCUGUGAAAUCUUUGAAAAAUCACAUGAGGAAGAAACAUAAAUAUCAGAAACAAGGAUUAGAGUCUGCCCCAGACUGUGACCCUGUCAUCCAGGAAACUGUUGAAUUUCCCCAAUCAUCUGAACGAGCUCUGAGUGAACUUAUAGAGAACUUUACAGAGACUGUGAGAAAACAACUGGCAUUGUUUUCCUUGAAUCUUCAAGAGAAAAGUAUUGUAAAUAGAAAAGUUCAAACAUUUGUUCUUAGUGAAGUAGAGUCACUUUUCAAGUAUUUUAUUAAAAACUAUAGGGAGAUAUUUACUAAAUGUUUGCAGACUCUUAAUUUUGAUAUAUCAAGUUUUCAUUAUAUUGAUGACAGUAGUUUGGUAGAACAUUGCUUCAGUGCAGUCAGCAACACAUAUCAGCUAGACAGAUACUGUGUUGAGAAAUUAAACCUGAUUGAACCUGUUGAAUGUAUCCUGGGGAUAGAUCCUUUUACUGGGAAACAGGACACUUUUCAGUAUAUUCCACUUCUAAAAGUCUUAGAAUUAAUAUGUAAUGAUCGUAACAUUUUAGGACAAUUUUUUAGGCCAGAUCCCCGUGCUCCUGAAACCUUAACAGAUUUUAGUGAUGGGAAAAUUUACAAAGAAAGUGAUUUUUUUAACAGAGACAACCCACAUUUGAGAAUUCAGUUGUACAGUGAUGAAUUUGAAGCUGCUAAUCCAUUAGGAUCAAAGAAACUUCUACAUAAAGUGUCUGCAUUUUAUUUUACUUUGGGAAAUAUUCCACCAAAAGACAGAUCUGUUUUAAGACAUAUUCAUCUGUUGAUACUUGUCAAACAUAGAUUGGUGAAAACAUAUGGAUUUGAGAAAAUAUUAGAACCAUUAAUUUGUGACCUACAGGUUUUGCAAGAACGUGGAUUACGAUUAAAAUUUGAAGACAGACAGUACUGCAUCAAAGGUGGUCUGGCCACAAUAUCUGCAGACAACCUAACCUCUCACACACUUGCAGGUUUUAGCUGCUCAUUCAGUAAUGGUAGAAUAUGCAGGUUUUGUAUGUGUCAUUACGAGGACCUGUCUAAGAUCAUUAGUGAGGGAGAUUGUGUUCUUAGGACAAAGACUGUUCAUGCAUCUGCAAUGUGUUGAGGAUGACCCCAACUGUAGGUCUGUGUAUGGUGUAACUGGCCCAUGUGCCUUCAACAAGUUGUCAUAUUUUGAUAACACAAAUGCAUUCCCACCUGAUGUAAUGCAUGAUUUUCUUGAGGGGGUCAUUCCUCUUGUUUUGAAGUCUGUUUUAAAAGCCUUGCACAAGGACAAAACCGUUACUAUCCAAGAGGUGAAUGACAGCAUAAGGAAUUUUAGUUUUGGACAGAAUGACUGCACCUCCAAACCUGCUCUAAUACCUGAGAAGGUAGCACUGGAUGGAAAUAUCUCUGGAACUGCUGUUGAGAAAUGGACAUUAUUUAGGACUCUGCCUUUCCUCAUAGGCUCCAGGAUUGAAAAGGGUAACAAGUUUUGGCAGCUUUAUCUUUUGGUUUGAGAAAUAGGAGAGAUUAUUCUUGCUCCAACCAUCAGCACUGACUGGAUUAGUAAUCUACAUGAACUGAUCGCUUACUUUUUGACAGAUUUCAACAAUCUGUUUCCUGGUGUGUUUACACCCAAGCUGCAUUUUCUGAUGCAUUAUCCUCGGCUCAUCCUUGAUUAUGGGUCACUCCGCUCUCAUUGGUGCAUGAGGUUUGAAGCCAGACAUCAAUAUUUCAAGACAGUA